AGAUCUACCCUCCAUCUCCUUGACAACCCUUUAACUUGGUCUACAUUCAGUUCCAGUCUGCAGCGGUACAUGGCCUCAUCUCUGGUGUUCAGACUGCAUGACAGAAGUCCAGAGCUGCUGAGGGAGGUGCUUCUGGAGCGCGGAUGGGAAGAAUAUGAUGAGAGAAAGCAGGAGGAGGACGACUGGAACCUCUAUUGGCGGAGUUCUGCAUUUCACAGCUCAGAAUAUCACAACCUGCUGCCAUGGCAACGCUUGAACCACCAUCCGAAAACUUUUGGCAUCACACGUAAGGACUGCUUGGCACGCAACCUGAGGAGAAUGAGGACCACAUUUGGAUCAUCUCUGUAUGACUUCAGUCCUACUGCCUUCAACCUCCCCAACGACUACACCCGCUUCCUGGCUGAGUAUGACAAACUGCGUCUAUACAGAGGGCAUCCUGUCUACUGGAUCUGUAAGCCUGUGGACCUAUCCAGAGGCAGAGGGAUCUUCAUCUUUGAGGGCAUUAAGGAUUUAGUCUAUGACUGCCCCAUGAUCGUACAGAGGUAUAUCAGCAACCCGCUGCUGAUCUCUGGCUACAAGUUUGACUUGAGGAUCUAUGUGUGUGUGAAGAGCUUUCACCCACUCACUGUUUACAUCCAUCAGGAGGGCCUUGUGCGUUUCGCUACAGAGAAGUACAACCUGUCAUCUCUGCAGAACUUGUACUCUCAUCUCACAAACACCAGCAUCAAUAGGUUUGGUCCCUUCUACAAAACCCAAAAAGGAAGGGUGGGUCAGGGGUGCAAAUGGACCAUGAGCAAAUUCAGACAUUUCCUCCACAGCCUGGACAUUAACGAGCUCCUGCUGUGGCAGAGGAUCAACAACAUAAUCACCCUGACCCUCCUCACCAUUGCCUCCUCUGUGCCCUCCUGUCCAAACUGUUUGGAGCUGUUUGGCUUUGACAUCCUCGUUGACAUUAAGUUUAAACCGUGGCUGCUGGAGGUGAACUACAGCCCUGCGCUGACUCUGGACUGUCAAGCUGACAAUUUAGUGAAGAAGGGGCUAAUCAGUGAUCUGAUUGAUUUGAUGAACUACACAUCUAUUGACAGAUUAAGAGACAGAGCAUAUCAGAAGCAUAAGCAUCUUUGUUUCAGUAAUGAAAUUACUGAGGGAGAAAAAGAGGGCUUUAGGGGCUCUGCGUUCUGCCUUCUUCUGGUUAACCAGCACCUGGCAGAGCUGGUGUCCGCCUUCCUCCUGGGGCCUGUGCUUCAUGGCCUUGGGAUGCUCUGGCUGGGGCCCUCAUCUGCCAUCUUCUGGGUGGAUGCUUGGUCAUCUCUGUGUGGGAGUCAGAAGCCGGAAAGGAUCCAAGUGGGAGGUUCCACAGCACAGACUGGAAAAGACAUUCCUCCAGUCAGAGUUGGAAACUUCAUUCGGACAUUCCCAUUUAAUGCAGCCACUCUGAAGGCCUCACAGCACAAAUUGGAUGUUAAGAAAAUCACACAAGAGCUUCAGCAGCUGACUGGUCUGUUGGCAUCUGGCCAAUCACAUGAUAGAUUGUGUAAGGGAGACAAGGACACAGAUGAUGAUGAUUGCUUUGAUUCAUUGUUAUGGGGGCCAAAAGAUCCCCCACUUCUCAGCCAGUUUCUGAUGAACUUAGAAUAG